AUGAUGAGCCCAAAGUUAACAAACUCAAAGAUGAUGAGCCCAAAGUUGACGAACUCAAAGAUGAUGAGCCCGAAGUCAACAAACUUAAAGACAGCGAAUAUAAAGACAAUGUAUUUUUCUUUUUUGACUUGGGUGGCAUUAAUGGAGC